CUUUCUGCAACUAUCUUCAUUCUAUCCUUGCUACUCUACUCUUUUGUUCUGCAAUCCUCUUCUACAGGGCUAGAGUGUUUUACAGGUCGCACUUGCGUGGUGCUCGACUGCUCGUUCGCAGGGAGACGAAAUCGUUCCCAAUACGACAACGCUCGAUCCAUUAAUUGAGAAGACCACAGGAAAUGGCGGCAAAUGAUGUUCCUAACAAUGGAAUGGAAGACGGCGACUUGAAUGGAUGGAAGGAAUCGGCGUCGAAAGCAUUACUAGGCAGUUUUCAAGCACACUCUGAGCCAAUUGGAAUUUCUAAUGUCCCAAGAAAACUCCGUGAAGGUAACAAGAACGCUUUCAUGCCAAAGACCAUUUCCAUCGGCCCUCGUUACAAGGGAGCUAGAAGGGACCUAAUGAAAUGGCAAAACAUCAAAUUGCACUCCAUGCAAUCUCUUCUUCAUCGGGGAGCAAACAAACCAGCAAAAACAAAGCUCCAAGAAUGCAUGGAGGCCAUUUUGAAGUUGGAGAAAGAAGUUCGCGCAAACUAUGCAGAUGAUCUGAAGAUGGAAUGGAACGACCUUGCGAAUAUCAUGUUGUCUGACGCUGGUUUCUUGCUUGAGCUUCUCAUUAGUUCUUCAAAGGAAUUCAAUGAAAAACUUAAAAGCCGGUUGGCGCCUCCCAACCCGGAUGGCGAAGUAAAGAGAACAGGGGAGGUAGUGACUGAUUUGUUGGUGUUGGAGAACCAAAUACCGCUUAUCAUUCUCCAUAAGUUGUCUGAAAUAAUUCUAGUUGAGGAUGAUAUUUCAAUUGAAAGUUUGGCACUGAAUUUCUUUGGCUACAUCCCGGACGAAAGAUUCAGGCCGGACUUUAACCCUGGUGUUGCGUCUCGUCACUUUCUUGAACUUAUCCACUCCUACAUCUCUGAAGAUAGUGAAGAAGAGGAAGGAGAGCAACAGGAUCAGAGAAACGAGCAGAGGUGUUGUAAUCCGAUCAAAAGUAUUAAAUCUGUUAACUUCCAAAAGGUAUCGAAUACCUGUGCCAAUUGUGCUUCCGAUUGUGGGUAUGAUGUGGAAGAUGCGAUGGGGAUAAGAGAAGAGACCACCGAUGCUGACAGCAAUGUUCAGCAGCUUACUUCCUAUGCUCAACUCAAUCGAUGUGCUCCCAUUCUUGCAGCUGCUGGGGUUACAAUAAUCAAAACUAUACGCAGUAACGAGGAAAAGCAUGAGAACCCAACUCAAAGACCAAAUGAAAUAAGGGGCUUCAACUUUAACAUAAAAUUUCAGAAGACCAAUGGAACUCUGGAAAUUCCACAGCUUCACAUCACAAAAUCAACAGAAGUGACGUGGCGGAAUCUCAUUGCUUGGGAGCAAGGCCAUACCGGAUUCAGCUGCAAACACAAGUGUACUUGGGCUGCAUUAUUUUUCAACGGCUUAAUGUGUUGCGAAAACGAUGUUCAGCUUCUCAAAGAUAAACAAGUGAUAGUGGAUCACUUGGACUUGGGCAACCGCAAAUUGUUGGAGUUCUUCCGUUCCAUCGUCCAUGGAGUUGAUUCUGACAAGGCAAGUGAUUCUCCUUGCUGGGAAAUGGUUAGUGUGAUUAACUCCUAUCGCGGCACAUGUUGCCUCGGCAUAAAAAAAUACUCCAUAAUACUGCGCCAUUCUUGGAUCCCAACGGUUUUUCGCCACUUUGACCGGCUUGUGUUGCGCGGUUACAACCUUCUCAUUGGAAUGAUAUCACUUUACGCUCUUAUGCAGACCAUCUAUACUAUUCUCGGCUACUAUGAACAUCCAAGAGUGAGAAAUUCUGGUCAAAUGUUUUCGCCGCCUCCUCACUCCCUACCUCGCCGCCCCCCACCCCUACCACCACCUCCUCCUCCUGGAGGCGUUCCCUAAUUUGUGUUCUUUUAUUUCCAAAUAAAAGGAAUCGACUAUUUAUAAUAGAUGUAAAUGUGAACAUAAUGUAAAGUGGAGUAUCUCAUUUUGGAAGUAUUUUCG